GAUUAGUUAUCCAACAGCAAAGCUGUUGAUAAGUCGUCGUUGAAGAUAUCUUCCAAGUAAAGUUUGUAUAUGAGACAGUAGAACAUAAAUAAAGUAAACAAGGAGAAACGAAGAAAAUAAAAGGAAAAAUGAGCGUGACAGUGAAAGAGUCGAGCAUGGUGUGCCCGGCGGAGGCAACUCCCCGGCGAAGUCUUUGGCUAUCAAGACUCGAUAUGAUCAUACGCAUGCCCUAUUCACACUCUAAUAUUGUUGGUGCUUAUAGUCCAACAGCAGAUAUAGAGGGUCCUAAAUGUCUUGACACCGAAAUUUUAAAGGAGGCUUUAAGUAGAGUUUUAGUCCCCUUUUAUCCGAUGGCAGGCAGGUUAAAGGAGAACGAGGAGAAUGGUCGAUUCGAGAUUGAUUGCAACGCUGAAGGAGCCUUAUUCGUAGAGGUGGAAACAACACAUACUCUUGCUGAAUUAGGUGAUGAUUUUCGCGAGAUAGUGAUUCCUACGUGUGACUACUCUGGGGGUCUCUCAUCGUUUCCCUUAGUUAUGUUGCAAGUCACCCGCUUUAAGUGUGGUGAGGUAUGCCUGGGUUUUGCCGCACAUCACCAUUUAGUUGAUGGAAUGUCAAUUUCAUUCUUCUUUAGCUCUUGGGCUAGACUUGCUAGGGGGCUCCAACUCCAAGCUCAACCCUUUGUUGAUAGGAUUGACUACCUAGCUCCUCGUAAUCCACCAGAGGUCAACUUUCAACACUUGGAGUAUGACCAACCUUUACCACCUAUAUUGCCCGAGGGCCUUUCAGGUGAGAUAGAUGCAACCUCAAGGGAGUGUAUGUUCACAUUUACUAAACAUGAUAUUAAAACCCUGAAUUUACAAGCAACAUAUCUAGAUUCUGAAGCCCAAGAAGCAAAUAGCCACAAGCUAAGUACAUACGAGGUUUUAGCUGGGCACGUAUGGAGAACCGCCUGCAAGGCACGUGGUUUAACAGGUGAUCAAGACGUGAAACUAUAUAUACCCACUGAUGGACGGUCUAGACUUAGGGAUCCAACAUUACCACAAGGAUAUUUGGGCAAUGCAAUUUUCUUCACAGCGUGUAUUGCUAAGGCAGGUGAUAUUACGUGCAAACCACUAAGGUAUGCUGCAAGCAAGGUUCAAGAGGCACUAAAAAGAGUUCAAAACACCGAAUACUUGAGAUCGGCGAUUGAUUACCUAGAAUCGGAACCGGAUCUAUCAACUUUGGUCCGUGGGGCGCAACAUGUAACGUGUCCGAACCUUGUAAUUAAUUCGUGGGGAAAGAUCCCCGUUGAUAUAGCGGAUUUUGGUUGGGGAAAACCAAAAUUUCUGGUCCAAGGUGGAGUUAGACACGAGGGGCAAGCUUUCCUUAUACCAAAACAAGAUCAACAGGGUGGAUUUUUACUAACUAUUAAGCUAUUCAAUAUUCACAUACCUCACUUUCAAGACUGCUUGUUCGACUUCGAAAGCAUUCCCACUGACUAACAUACUUUUGUUCAACAAAUUGUCAAACUAUAUUGCUCCACUUGAGACUUGAGAGUACUAUUUUCUCUUGCUCAGAUCAAUGGUCUCUAUUAUUCCCAUCUAAAUGUUGCUUUCUUAUGGCUUUCUCUCAGCCUCUUUUAUACUCUAUAUUGGAUUGUUUUUUUUUUUUUACAACAGAUAUGGGAUUUUUUUUUUUUUGAGGAAAGGAUAUUUUCUUUUUGAAAUCA